AUGCGUUACUGUAGUUUGUUUCCGCUAGUGCUGUCCGUGCUUUUACUGCCCGAAUGUGCACUGACGAUGGAAUCCACCACGCCAGAAGCACUUCAUUCUACCGGGGAUGCUCCCAAAAAGCUCAAAAGUGGACGUCGUGAAGGAAGGUUCCUCGGUCUGCUUGGUCUGCUAACUGGCCUUACACUGGUGGACUCGCUCGACGAUGACAGCGACCGUCCACGACGAUCUGGAUUUGUGAAGAUUGACGUUGGGCACCCGUCCGCCCUGGACGCAUUCUACGGGGCGUACGGUUACGCCUCACCCUACUGGACCGGUGGGUCCUCGAUCAACAUCAAGAUUCCUUUUCGACCGCCCGGUAAUGAGUUUGAGACGAUGGCCGUGUUUCCUUUCCCGGUACACUUUCCGCAACAUGGUGCGUCACAUUUCGGAUCCGGUUCGGGCGUGAUUGAGCCUCGUCCGACCAUUUUUUCUGAUCCCAUCCCAAGCACAGCAAACGGAUCGGGAACGGUUUUAGCAGAUGAAUUGGAACGUCCAUCUUCUAGGAAACAAAAACUCACGCCUAGGAAAGGUACGGCCAUAAGCAGUAGAUCGCGUCCAAAGGUGAGUCCCCCGAGAACAAUUCGAAGUACGCUGCGGGCGGAUGGUUCAGAGGCUGACGAGGAGAUGAAUACCACAACUGAAGAACUGAUAGAGGUGCCUGAAACGACUGAUAUGAUGGAGCUACCAGAACCGCCGCAAGCUAUUGAGCCUUCCGUUAGUAACGAUCCCGAUGUUUCACCUACUAAUACACCAACCAAUCAUCUUGCGCCCGUUUCUGAAGAGCCCGAACCAGCCACCCCGGCGUCGAUCGUACAAACCGAGCUCAAUUACGUCACCCAGCCAAUGAUACCAUCAUCCUAUCAUACCCACCGACACAGCCUGGCGGAUGUGUCCGCGAUCGAGCUGACGACAAGCUCCGGGUCGUACGAGUUCCAGCCCAGCCGGGCCGAUCAUUGGCAGGAUUACUACGCCAGCGUCGCACAGGACGGUCCCAAACGACAGGUUGGCUUUCUGCCGAUCGCUCCGCGGGUGAAUUAA